CCUCUUAUACUCCCUCCUCUCUCAUCUUCUUCCAAUGAUCCACCGCACUAAUCCCUUCAUCAAUGGCCGAUCGCAGCACCUCAUCGCGCUACCGCGGCAUUCGCCCCCGCGGCGGCAAGUGGGUCUCCGAGAUUCGCGAGCCCCGCAAGACCAAUCGGAUUUGGCUCGGCACUUACCCGACCCCAGAGAUGGCCGCAGCGGCCUACGAUGUCGCGGCGCUGGCUCUCCGCGGCGCCGAUGCGGUGCUCAAUUUCCCCGACCGCGCGCAUACGAAUAUCGCUCCGGCGUCCACCAAUCCCUCCGAUAUUCGGGCCGCGGCGGCGGCGGCGGCCGCGCGGAUGGCCGCAGAGACUUCUCAGCCGUCGAUGAAUGAGGGGGGGUUUGUGGACGAGGAGGAGAUUUUCGAUAUGCCGCAACUGCUGGUUAAUAUGGCGGAGGGGAUGCUGUUGAGUCCGCCCAGGCUGAGCCCGCUGGGCUCCGAUGAGUCUCCCGAGGUUUCUGAAGGGGAGAAUCUCUGGCAUUUUGAUUAGUUGGGUUGAUCGACUGGAAUAAGGGGAGGCUGAUUCGUAUUGUGUUCAAGAAUUGGCUUCAAUAACAACAUAAAUUUAGGCUUGUUGAUUUCUUUCUAGCAGGAUUUAAGCUUCUUUGAAACAUUUUUUUUUACGACUUCUUAAAUCAGUUUUUUUAGUACAAAAUUUAGAAC